UAUUUGACCACAACCGUUUCAGUCAAAUUCCUCCCAAUUCCGCCAUCUUCCCCUCUUUCCCCUCACUUUCUCUCUCUUCCCCCCUUUUUCUCCCUCUCUCUCCGAAUCCCAGCACGCAGUGAGAGCUCCACCGCAGCUAUGCGAUUCUCCAAAGACGAAAAAAAGCUCACCAAGGCCGCCGCGGCGCUCGCGAUUCCGCGAUGGAUCCGAACGCUCUUCUUCCUCAUCACGAUGCUGCUCUCUCUCCUAAUCUUCUCCGCUCCGAUCCUGCUAAUCGUCGCCGACGCGCUCCUCCCCUCCGCCUUCCUCUCCGCCGCCAUCCCGAUCAACCUCCAAAACCUCUCCUCUCACCUCACCAACUACGACUUCCGCUACUCUCUCAUCGACAUCCCCCUCGUCUCAAUCGUGCGCUCCGCCAUCAUCCUGUGUGUGUACAGCUUCUGCGACGGGCCGGGGCUGUCGAGGGGGCCGUACCUGGCGAUCGCGACGGUGUGCUCGGCGGCGUCGCUGGUGUACGUGUCGCUGAAGGCGUCGUACGUGUUCGUGAUCGGCGGGAGGGGCGCGGGGGCGAUGGAGACGGCGCUGUUCGUGUCGUCGUGGGUGCUGGCGAUUGGGCACGUCGUGGUGGCCUACAGGACUAGCUGCAGAGAGAGGAGAAAGCUUCUCGUGUACAAGAUCGACAUUGAGGCUGUUUCAGCUUGCAAGAAUGGGUUUCCAUAUCACAAAAUACUGCAAGAAGCAAGAAAAAAGUGAAGAAAACUAAUUAGUGUAUUCGUUUUGCGAUGCUUCAGGUUUAUCCGAAGGAUAACCGCGAAAGCUGUAGAGUAGGAGAGUGUAUGUGUAUAUACACGACAUUUUUGUAUAGCGUAUACGCGUGUGGCGUAUAUGUAUGAAUGUAAAGUGUGGUGAUUGGGGUUGUGAGAGGGCAGAGGGAGUGUUGUUCACAUGUAAAUAUAUAGAAAUUAUGGUGUUUAUCAGAACUGGUGCAGGUGUUUUCUCAUGUAAUUGAUAGUGAGAUUGUGCUUGCUGCUGAGUUCAUUUAUCUAAGAAUGUGAAAUUUAUUUAAAAUGAAAUUUGGUCCAA